GCCGCUGCUACAUUUGGUCAAAGAAGUCACCUAGCCAGAGCGUGUUGUUAGAGCUGUUCGGAGCGGGAGUUUAGGCUGCUUGCUGCCUUCUCGCUCGCUCACUCUCUUUCCGCACCCCCCCACCCCCAACCUCUCUCUCGCACACAAACGUCCUGUAUAAUGUUUAGUGGUCUGGUGUAGCUCGUAGAGUUUGCAAGGAGGGGGAAAUAGAAAGCCGCGACGCGGUUUUUUUUUUCCAAAAAAAAAAACAACCUCCCCCUUCAAUUUGAGAGAGAGCAAAACGAAAAACAGGAAGGAAGAAAAGGAAAUGAGUUGUGGUAAAAGAGAAGAGAGACGCUAAAGGGACGUUUAAGAGAUCGUUGCCGUGAGUCGAGAGAUCGCCAGCCAAACCCCCAAAGCCAAAGAAGAAGACCGACUCCGAACCGGAGGAGUUUGCAUUUUCCUCAAUUGAAGAAGAGGGAGACGUUGCCCCUGGAGGAAUAACAACCAAGUAAAAGAGAGAUAAAGGAAAGUUUGGAGGGAGGGGUUGGCGGGCGAGGAGAGACAGUGCCGGUGGACGAAGGGCUGGGGUUUGUUUGAGGUGGGGUCGGCUGCGGGGGGUGGGCGUGAACGGUGUGGCUUCUGCCGAGUAGUCGAAGCGAGCGGCUCGCGAGGACGGCCGGCCCCAUCCCGACGAGCGGCGGGAGCGAAGCGGCCGAUCUUUGACGUCCGCCCCGCGACCGUGACCGUUGGCCAGUGACAGCCCGACUGGAAUGUGGGAGAGGUUCCGCUGGGCCGGGGACCGAGACCGAGCAGAGGCAGAGACCGAGACCGCGCCGCCGGGGACCGGGGACCGGGACUGAGCCGCCGCCGCCCCCGCCGCUGCGCGCAUCUCCCGCACCACCUUCUCCUCCCGGUGCCGCCGUUCAAACAAAUGAGCCGAGCUGCUGCCCCUGCCGCCGCCGCCGCCGCCGCCGGUCCCGCUCCCGCUCCUGCUCCUGCUCCGACUGCCGCCGUUCCGCUUAGCGCCGCCGCCGCCGCCAACUAAAUCGGUUUGGAUGAUUCGCGAUCUGAGCAAGAUGUAUCCUCAAAGCAGACACCCGGCACCGCAUCAGCCUGCUCAACCCUUUAAAUUUACCAUUUCCGAGUCCUGCGAUCGGAUUAAGGAGGAGUUUCAGUUUUUGCAGGCGCAGUACCACAGUUUGAAGCUAGAAUGUGAAAAACUGGCAAGUGAGAAGACAGAAAUGCAGCGGCAUUAUGUCAUGUAUUAUGAAAUGUCCUAUGGAUUGAAUAUAGAGAUGCAUAAGCAGGCGGAAAUUGUCAAGAGGCUGAACGCUAUCUGUGCCCAAGUCAUUCCUUUCCUGUCCCAAGAGCACCAGCAACAAGUGGUGCAGGCUGUGGAACGUGCCAAGCAAGUGACCAUGGCAGAACUGAACGCAAUCAUUGGGAUCAGGGGAUUUCAGAAUCCACUGAAGCAGCAACAACUCCAGGCCCAGCAUUUAUCACAUGGACACGGUCUGCCGGUGCCUCUCACUCCACAUCCAUCAGGCCUGCAGCCUCCAGCCAUCCCACCCAUUGGGAGCAGUGCUGGUCUCCUGGCCCUCUCCGGUGCCUUGGGAGGCCAGUCCCACCUGCCAAUUAAGGAUGAGAAAAAGCACCACGACAACGACCACCAAAGAGACAGAGACUCCAUAAAGAGCUCUUCCGUGUCUCCAUCAGCAAGUUUCAGAGCUGCCGAGAAGCAUAGAAACUCAACAGAUUACUCGUCAGACAGCAAAAAGCAGAAAACCGAAGAGAAGGAAAUAGCAACUCGCUAUGACAGCGAUGGCGAGAAGAGCGACGACAACCUGGUAGUGGAUGUUUCCAAUGAGGACCCUUCCUCCCCUCGAGGGAGCCCAGCCCCUUCUCCGAGGGAGAAUGGCUUGGACAAGACCCGCCUACUCAAGAAAGAUGCCCCAAUGAGCCCAGCCUCCAUUGCAUCUUCCAGCAGCACUCCUUCCUCCAAAUCCAAAGAACUGAGCCUUAAUGAAAAAUCUACCACUCCUGUGUCAAAGUCGAAUACCCCCACUCCACGGACCGAUGCUCCAACCCCAGGAAGUAACUCCACUCCAGGAUUACGACCUGUGCCUGGGAAACCGCCGGGAGUGGACCCUUUAGCUUCAGGCCUGAGGACCCCCAUGGCAGUUCCGUGCCCUUACCCCGCCCCGUUUGGGAUUGUGCCGCACGCUGGAAUGAACGGAGAGCUGACUAGUCCGGGAGCUGCGUACGCCGGCUUACAUAACAUCUCUCCCCAGAUGAGCGCAGCGGCCGCUGCAGCCGCUGCAGCUGCCGCAUACGGACGAUCUCCAGUGGUUGGUUUUGAUCCCCACCAUCACAUGCGCGUGCCAGCAAUCCCUCCUAACCUGACAGGCAUCCCCGGCGGAAAACCCUUUGCCAGGACUUCAUCCCACUCUUUCCCCGCUAACCUCCGCUGGCUGAAAGGAGGUGAUGGAGCUUAUUCCUUCCACGUCAGUGCCGAUGGUCAGAUGCAGCCCGUCCCUUUCCCCCCCGACGCUCUCAUCGGCCCCGGGAUCCCCCGUCAUGCCCGUCAGAUCAACACCCUCAAUCACGGAGAAGUGGUGUGUGCGGUCACCAUCAGCAACCCCACCCGGCACGUGUACACCGGGGGAAAGGGAUGCGUUAAAGUCUGGGACAUCAGCCAACCCGGCAAUAAGAGCCCCGUCUCUCAGCUGGACUGUCUGAACAGAGAUAACUACAUCCGUUCCUGUAAAUUGCUCCCCGACGGCCGCACCCUCAUAGUCGGAGGGGAAGCCAGCACGCUGUCCAUUUGGGACCUGGCAGCCCCCACUCCGCGGAUCAAAGCGGAGCUGACGUCCUCAGCCCCCGCCUGCUACGCCCUGGCCAUCAGCCCCGAUUCCAAGGUCUGCUUCUCCUGCUGCAGCGACGGCAACAUUGCCGUGUGGGACCUGCACAACCAGACGUUGGUCAGGCAGUUCCAGGGCCACACAGAUGGAGCCAGCUGUAUCGACAUUUCUAACGAUGGCACCAAGCUCUGGACGGGGGGUUUGGAUAACACGGUGCGAUCCUGGGACCUGCGAGAAGGGCGGCAGCUCCAGCAGCAUGACUUCACCUCACAGAUCUUCUCACUGGGGUACUGCCCGACUGGAGAAUGGCUUGCAGUAGGGAUGGAGAACAGUAACGUUGAGGUGCUCCACGUUACCAAACCAGACAAAUACCAGUUGCAUCUCCACGAGAGCUGUGUGCUGUCACUCAAAUUUGCCCACUGUGGCAAGUGGUUUGUCAGCACUGGAAAGGACAACCUCCUUAAUGCCUGGAGAACACCUUAUGGGGCCAGUAUAUUCCAGUCCAAAGAGUCCUCAUCAGUGCUUAGCUGUGACAUCUCGGUGGAUGAUAAAUACAUUGUCACUGGUUCCGGGGACAAGAAGGCUACAGUCUAUGAAGUUAUUUAUUAAGGACAAAUCUGAAUGCAAACAAGACUCCUCCUCCUUGUAGCACUUUUCUUUCUUCCUUCCUUCCUUCCUUCCUUCCUUCCUUCCUUCCUUCCUUCCUUCCUUC